GUAAGGAAGACCAAGAGUAUAAUUCUGUGCAAACACACUCGAGAGACACUCUUGUGAAGGACGCAGCUUUAUAGAAAUGGCUUUCAGAACUCUGCAAGCAAGUGUCUGCCUACUUCUAAUCUCAGUCUGCCUAGACUUCAUCAGAGAUAACAGGGCUGCUGCAACAACCCUUCGAGAAAAAUGUGAGUGUAUUGAGGAAACUGACUCAGUGCAAUGGAGAAAAAUUAAAGACUACAGGAUCAUACAGAAAAAUCCUCUUUGCAACAAGGUUCAAAUCAUAUUACAGCUGUCAGGUAAACAGUCUUGUCUAAAUCCAAACUCCAACCAGGGGAAAAAUCUGCAAGAUUGCUGGAGAAGGAUUAAUUUCAACACACAGAAGAAGAAGAUCUGUCUCAAGAGGAAGAAUGGGCCAAAAAAGCCCAAGAGGCAGUAAUUCAACAAUCUUUACCUUUGCUGUGUAGAAGGACUAUGUGCCUCUGUCAUUUAUCCUGCCUGUCCUUGAUUUGCACAAAUAAAUGAUAUAUGUAUGUAGCUGUAAUUUUAUAUAUAUUUUGUACUGCUGUUUUCUAAUAAAGCCUUAGAAAAGUUUUUGCAUG